AUGUAUCCUUGCAAGUCUUUCCGUCUCUUGACGGAAGACUACAGCUGGACACAAAACUUUCACUCGAAACAGAGCCACAGUGGUUUCCUGGGCUGGCUGAAAUUCUACAGCAGUGGUUGGUUGGUCCGUUGGUUGCUUGCUUGCUUGCUUGCUUGCUUGCUUGGUUUGUUGGUUGGUUGGUUGUUUUUGGUUGGUUGGUUGGUGCGUUGGUGCGUUGGUUGGUUGGUUGGUCGGUUGGUGGGUUGGUUGGUUGGUUGGUCAUUUUUGGUUGGUUGGUUGGUUCUUUGGUUGUUUUUGGUUGGUUGUUUUUGGUUGGUUGGUUGCUUGCUUGCUUGGUUUGUUGCUUGCUUGCUUGGUUGGUUGGGUUGUUUGUGGGUUGGUGGGUUGGUGGGUUGGUUGGUGCGUUGGUUGGUGGGUUGGUUGGUGGGUUCGUUGGUUGGUGGGUUCGUUGGUGGGUUCGUUGGUUGGAUGGUUGGUUGGUUGGUUGGUCGGUUGGUCGGUUGGUCGGUGAGGAUGAUGAUGACGGCGACCCUACGACAUUUUACGAUGUUUCUUGGUUUUGGCUGUCCAGGCCUGCUGCUUCCGCUCCUUCCGGUGACAGACCUGGGCGAGGGGGCGAGAGUGGUUCGCAUCGCAACGGGCGAGUAUCAUUCUUGUGCCAUCCUGCAAGAUGCAACCCUCAAGUGCUGGGGCUGGGGAGUCCAUGGCCAGCCUAGGCUCGGCCAGGGAAACACUGAGUCCCUGGGCGACGAGCCUGGGGAGAUGGGCGACAACCUGCAGAAUAUCGGGUUGGGCAACCAUGAGGUGCUGGACGUGAUCGCCGGCUUCGGCCACACCUGCGUGCUGCUGGACGACGACAGCACAAGGUGCUGGGGCCUCAGCGACAACGGGCAGCUGGGCCAAGGCAGCAGUGACAGCAUCGGGAAAAUCCCGGGCCAGCUGGGAGAAGCUUUGGUGCCUACUGAGCUUUUUCCCAUCACGCUCCGUUCCGGCCUGGAAGGCCUUGGCCUCAGAAGCAGCGAGGGCUCCACGGGCUAUUUACAGGUUCAGCACAACGGUUCCCUGGGCUUGAUCUGCGAUGAUGGCUUCAACGAUGCUGCGGCGCAGGUUGCCUGCCGUGAUCUCGGCAUGGCAGGCGGCAAGGCCAUGUCGGCUGAUGCCGGGACCGGCACCAUCCUCGCAGACAACAUCAGGUGCACAGGCACCGAAGCGAGCCUCCGCGAGUGCCACUUCAGAGGCUGGCAUUUGCAUGACUGCACUCUGCAAGAAGCUGCAGGUGUCCAAUGCGAGCUGGACGCAUGGAGCGAGUACACAGCAGCUGUCAGUCCAGCAGCACGCCAAGACGCUUCCCUUGUUUGGGACACGGAGACCCAGUCCGCACUGAUGUUCGGUGGACAUGCCAGCAGCGCAUUUCUAUACUUUGCCGACCUUUGGCGCUACGACUGGCCGCAGCGUGCAUGGUUCCAGAUCUUGAGUGAGGACUCCAGGCCCACGCCGAGCGCUAGAUGGGGGCAUACAGCCGUGUGGGACGCAGCUUCCAGGUGUAUGUGGAUCUUUGCGGGCAGAUUUCUCGCGGCUUUCUACAACGAAGUCUGGCGAAUUUGCAAUGAAUACUACGUGUGGGCACAGGUCACUACCUUGUCACCGCCGCCCGCCCGGGCACACCACACUGCAAUCCUUGACCCGCAGGAUCGUGCAUUACUGAUUUUCGGAGGGGAAAGCAGCAGCCAAGUGCUAGGCGACCUACAACGCUUGAGCUUUCUUGAUGGUCAGUGGAGCAAGUCUUCCGCGCUAGGGCCUGAAGCCCGCAGCCAUCACAUCGCUGUAUGGAACUCCAUGACGCGGUCGAUGCUCAUCUAUGCUGGCUGGAGCGGUCAGCAGUACCUGGAUGGGCUCCACACCUAUGAUGCCUCAGCAGACCGCUGGACUAACGUUCCAGCAGCUGCGGAUUGGCCUGCUGCCCGUGGUGGGCACGCAUCUGCCUGGGAUCCCAUUUCGAUGAGCAUGCUAGUGAUGGGCGGAAUUCAGAACGUGAGCGGCUCGCAAGGCUACGACGCUACGCUGUACAACUACAGCCUUCUGACCGGGUCUUGGUCGGAGAAAGCUUUCCAACCAGGCGCAUUUGGCCCAUCUGGCCGCACAGGCCACGCCGCUAUUUGGGACGAGCACUCUCGCGGACUCCUGUUGUUUGCUGGCUUUAACUCCUCGUACCUACAGCAGACUUGGCGAUACGUGGUCGGCCACACUAGCAUGCCCUUGGUGCAGAGCUGCAAGCUAGGACUCGACUGCCGGGUCAAUUUCAGCAAUGUCUCUGGCAGCAUAGCUGUCAAACGCAGUUGCUCCGACACCGUUUUCCUAAAAGAUCUACAACCUUUGCAGCACUCUGACGAGGUUAUGCAUGAUCAGUGGAUGCUCGGAAGCCUUUCGCCCCUCUCUGUGGAGCCAGGACAGCACAGACUCUGCUGGUGUGACGGGAACUGCGACCAAGCUCUGAACUUUCAAACCGCCGUAGGCUUCCUACUUAUUUUGGGGCCCCACCCGAAUCAGACCGGGCUGUGCGAGCUAAGCUCAGUCUGCACAAUUCCCCAGUGGCGGGGCCUGGGCAUCUCCGAGAAUGACAGUCUGAUGAUACAGAGCGAGUGCAUGAACCAGGAGCCAGCUCCAAGCUACCAUCAGCAUCGUAUCGUGACCAUUUCCUUCAAUCAAUCCUAUGGCUGGCAUACGCUGCACUUCGGAUUUCUGGACCCUGCAGAGGGGCUGAAAUCAGAGCGCCUCGAAUUAUGCUGGUGCCCAAGCGAUGAAGAAUGUUCCGUGGAGGACUUUACAGUGGUCGCCUUGCGCCUCGACAUCAUUUGCCCACCAGGGCAGUACAGAGGGCCGGACUCCAGCUGCCUGCAAUGCCCAGAGGAUCACUUCUGCCCCGGAGGCGCAGCUUUGCGCAGCUGUCCGCUUGCCAGCACCUCAUCAGCAGGCUCGCGUGAGCUUUUGGAUUGCAAGUGCGUACUUGGACGUUACUGGAGCACUGACAGCGCUGCCUGCUUGGCAUGCCCAGCUGGCUCUUCGACGUCGCAGGAGGGAGCCUCCAACGUGACGGCCUGCACCUGCAUGCCGGGCUUCGUCAGCAUGCAGCCCGACGACCUCGCAGCUUGUGAACCCUGUGGUGUGGGCUUUUUUUGCACCGGCGCUGGGCACCGGCAGCAAUGCAAGGAAUUCCAGACCACAGUGGCCGACACGACGGCCACGCAGUCUGAAUGCGUUUGCAAGCAAGGCAGAUUUCUGGAAGAUGAUUUCUGUGCCCCAUGCCCAGCCGGGCGCUUCAAGGCAAGCAUCGGAAACUCGGCAUGCGCCAGCUGUGCUGCGAACACCCUCGUCAAUGAUACUGGGCGCAGCCAUCCUUGCCAAUGCGUUCCUGGCUAUGGCUACGAUGAGGAGACGACGCUGUGUACUGUUUGCCCUCCUGGCGAGCACAAAGUCACAGUUGGCAACUUCGUUUGCACUCGUUGCCCAAAUGACAAACUAUCCGUAUCGGGAGCCACGUCUCCCUUGGAGUGUCACUGCCGGCCUGGCUCGGUCGAGGAGGGCGAUGCAUGCCGUCAGUGCUCAGAAGGCUUUUUCUGCAGCGGUGAAGGCGUGGAGGUGCCCUGCCCUACCGGCGCCACUUCCCGCGCUGGAUCAAGCACCCGGGAAAGUUGCUUAUGUCUUCCGGGCUAUCACAAGGCAGAUGCAGAAGGCAUCUGCACGCUUUGUGAGCCUGGGCGCUACAAGCCAACACUUGCCAAUGAUGCAUCGUGCCCCUUACAGUGCCCCACAAACGGCCAGAGCGCCAUCGGAGCUACGAGCCUCAGCAACUGUUCCUGCGCAGCAGGAUUCUAUGCUGAGCUUGAUUCGGCUGGCUUCAUAGCCAGGUGUGCCAGCUGUCAACCUCUCCCUCACCUGCGCUGUCUCGGAGGUUUCCAUGGUGAAACCGGCCGACACAGAGUACCUGUUGCCCAGCCGGGCUAUUUCCAGACAGGCGUCACGUUAGCUGCGAAGUGCAGCGUUGUCACUGCUGAUGGCCUCAGCGUGUGCUUAGGUGGUGAUUCCUGUGUAGUAGAUGACAAGCACGCGCAAUGCGUUGGCAAGUACGGCAACAGAUGCGAUGAGGGAUCCACUGGCAUGCUAUGUGGCGAGUGUUUGCCAGGCUGGGCAAGGAGCGGCUUACAGAAGCCCUGCCAGCUCUGUGAAGCUGGCGCUACUUGGACUCUGAUUGCGGCAGCCAUGGUCGAUGUUGGGACGAAGGUGAGCAUCAACUUUGUCGUGGCAUCCAUGGCAGCGACAGCAGCAGUCAGAGCGACCCACAAACUUCACACGACAAUGAUCCGCCUGGUCACCCAUUGGCUGGCUGCUUGCUCUGUCCUCGCAACCUUCGACCUGACGCAGAUUCCGCUUCAGACAGAGAUUGAGACCAUUGGAGAAGAGGAGAGCCGACGCUUCCCCUGGCCUGCAGAAGUCACCACAGCGAUGUUGCGCUUUUUUGAGACAAUGACCCUGACGCCGGCAUUGACCUCUAUCGACUUAGCCGCGCAGUGCCUCGCUCAGGAGCUGUUUCCACAGAUUGGCAGAACUGCCCCGCGCAUCGCUGUCGCCGUGUACCACCUGUCCCUUCCCGUGCUGGUGAUGCUGGGGGUCUUAGCCCUGUCCCUCCUCGCAGUCUACAUCGUGGCCCCUGCUGGGCAUCGCUUGGGAUAUUCCUUCAGCGAAGCUGGCCGCAGGAGCCACAGACGAGGCAAACAUCUCAAGCGCCUGCGCGAGGCAGGGACUCGCAUUCUCGAGGAGACCUUUCCAGACACUUCAAACAGAAUGAACUGGUCAGAUUUCGAGGCUGCCGGUGCUGUGCAGAGACUUCGCACGGAAGAGCAACUGCAGAGCGCCGCAGAGGACCCGGAUGCUUUUCUUUGCGAGUCUACAGUCCGGUCCCGGGCGCUGCUGCUCCAUGCCUGCAUUGCGCGCACUGCCGCGGAUCAAGAAGCCACGGCGCACCAACGUCGCCAAGCACUCGCGCAGGCAGACCUCGCUCCCUUCCUCACGAGGGACUUUGCCAAUCAGGCCGCAAACUUUGCCAGCAUGCUGGACGACGUCAUUGCCAAAGCGCGUGCCGAUGCCAACGAGCACUCUGUCCUCGAGGUUGCCAGCGAGUGUGAGAGCGGCCCUGGGCAGAAGCCAAGUGUGCAAAGUGCCGACAUCGGAGACACCAUCAAGACGCAGCCCGCAGACCGGAGGCCUGACGGGGAGCAGCCGCUGCCGCCACGCAUAUCUGAGGGCAAGGUAGACCUGAUGGUGGACGAGGUCGCAGACGCUCUGGAGUUUGGCCUCUUCUCGGCAGCGCCACGCUUCGGCGAACUGGCAUACCAGAGCAUGCCCAUCAUUUGGGUGAGCUUGGUGGCCUUGUGGCCUGGGCUGCUGUCCAGCUUUCUCAGCAUGAUAUGGUGCGUCCCCAUCAGGGAGGACGGCCUGGUAGUGAGCCGCCUCCUGCCCAAUCCAUCAGUGGUUUGCUGGUCCGACGAGCACAUGGCCUCCGCCAGGUUCGCCCUUGUCGGGCUGGCCGUGUGGUGCUUAGGCAUCCCAUUGACGUUGGCCAUCAGGCUGCUGUGCCUCCAUGAUCGGCAGGCUCCAGAAAACUUCAGGCGCUAUGGAUAUUUCUACCAGGGGCUGGAGCCGCGCAUGUGGUGGUGGGACCUUAUCAUCAAGCGCAUGGACGUGGCCACGAUGAUGCUCAUUACAUAUACUUCGGUCGUGCUGGACCCGAGCGCCAAGCUCAUGCUAUUCCCAGCUCUCUCGGGCUUCCAGGCGUUGCUGGCCGCUUGGUUCAGGCCCUAUUCGAACGAGCAAGCUGAGCUGCUCGACGUCCUGGAGGUGUCACUUUCAUUGGUCCGGUUCUUGCUGUUCGCCGCUGUGGCUGCACUUCUCAUUCUGGAGACGACCGAAGACACUACGCACGCGGUGGCCUACUCGCUCUUCUCCGUGUUGUUGCUUGCGUGUGGGUACUUCGCCAUCCACUUCGCCGCCCAGGUGCUCAGAGGCAUGGUGACUGGCGGUACUCCACAUUCCUCCCGCUCAACAUCUCUAGGUGCCGUGAAGAGCUUCAUCAUCGAGUAUGCGGUGCCUAUGUUUCGAGAGGCAGACUCCGAGUGUGUUCAGCUUGCCUGGACCUUUGCCACAGACGCCGUCACGGUUGUGAUCAAAACCUCUGACAGCAGGGCCGUCAGAUUGACAUCUUUCAAGACGGCAGCGACCAAGACUCGCUCCUGCGCCAGGGCCAUCAGUUCCAACAGGCAGCGCUGGUCAAGGCCUGUGAGGAGUUCAACACGCUGUGGCUGCAGCUUGGCCAAAGCGUAUUGCCUACUCCACGGCACAUCUGUGCCCUUGCAACGGCGCACAAAGGGCUGCCUGCCUCGCUAG